AGGAACAUGUUGCCGCGGCUGGUCAGUUCUUUCGGAUCAGCAGCCGGCGUGUGGGGACGUGGGGCGUUCGGCAUCGUCCUGCAACAGCUUGUCCACGUGGCCAGAGCGGGCAGUCCUUUAUCAACAAUGGCUGGUGUCACUUUUGAAGAGCGAGGGACGCCCAACAGCGAGGACUACCGAAUCUACUAUCGGAACGCGGACGGCCCGAUCUCGCCGUUCCAUGACAUCCCGCUGUACGCCGACGCCGAGAAGAAGGUGUUCAACAUGGUGGUGGAGGUGCCGCGCUGGACCAACGCCAAAAUGGAGAUCGCCACCGGCGAGCGGCUGAACCCCAUCAAGCAGGACACCAAGAAGGGCAAGCUGCGCUACGUGGCCAAUGUGUUCCCGCACCACGGCUACAUCUGGAACUACGGCGCCCUGCCUCAGACCUGGGAGAACCCGCACGUCACGGACGAGUCGACCGGCUUCAUGGGCGACAAUGACCCCAUCGACGUCUGCGAGCUGGGCAGCAAGGUGUGCCGGCGGGGUGAGGUGCUCCAGGUGAAGGUGCUAGGGGUGCUGGCCAUGAUCGACGAGGGCGAGACGGACUGGAAGCUCCUUGCCAUCAAUGUGGAUGACCCGCUGGCCGAACAGCUGAACGACGUGGCCGACGUGGAGAAGCUGAUGCCCGGCUACCUGAGCGCCACCGUCGAGUGGCUCCGGCUGUACAAGGUGCCCGACGGCAAGCCGGAGAACAAGUUCGCCUUCAACGGCGAGGCCAAGGACCGCGAGUUCGCUCACAGCGUGAUCUCGGACACGGCCGACCACUGGCGGGAGCUGGUCACGGGCAAGGCGGACGCCGGCGGCCUGGACAUCCACGCGGUGACCGUGGACGACGCCCAGAUGAAGCUGGAGAAGGACGAGGCGGAGGCGGUGCUCGCCGGCGCCCCGACCCUCCACCCGCCGGCGCCGCUCGACAACAGCGCAGUCAACAAGGUGUCCUUCCUGUCCAACUCGAACUAGCCGCUGCUCCCUGCUGUCACGUGCGUGGACCGGCGUCCGUCUCGUGACGUCACGGCCGGCCCGCGGACGGUCUGUGACGUCACGGCGGAGAAGUCGUCGGGGAUCUGAAACGCAGGCUCGGCCGGGGGCGUAUUCGGCGUCGGAGCUCUUCAGCCACGUUGCUGCUGUGUGGCGACAUCUUGCCUCGCCCGGGACAUUGCCGUCAGGCAGUUGUCUCCACGUGGCUUGCCUGCGAAAUUGUUGUGACCUGUUUUAUUAUUGCUUCUUAAUGUGCCAGCGUUAGCGCAGGCAUCGAAAACGCAGGCCUUUCUUCGUCGUCGUCGCAUGCGUAUGUGGUCGGUUUUUAAUCGAUAGCGUGACGUCACAGAUCCUGUAUGUCUAAUCUACUCGGCACGAAGCUUUUAGGCGACGGUGGUUCGGUGUGAUACUCGGACGUGUGCUCUGUACUUAAGGAACCAAGCUGCCAGCGAAAUCAAACGUCGGCUCCCAAAUUCACGUACUUAAUGCAGGCGACGCCGAAGCCCGCUCGUGUCGUGUUCCAGGUUGUGGCCAUGUGGCGACGGGUGAGUGUGUCCGCUGGUGGGUGACCGGGCGCGCACGCGGAGCACUGUCGUACCGCCGUGAGCAACUCGUCCUGCACUGAACGACGCCAAUACACUUGCGUCGUGUUCUGCG